GAAAAUGCUGCAAAACAAAAUUGUGGCAGCCAUACCUCUGUUCCUUUUCUAGAGGAUUUUGCGAUUCUGGUUGUUCUUCAUCAGGUUUUAGUUUGUAUUUAGAUUGAGAGGGACAGAAUGCAGUCACUGUCAUCAGGUUCUUGAAGUUGACCGGUGAUGGGAAAUAGGCCAGCAAAGCCGGAGAGAGAUGAGGUGCUUUUGAAGAUUGUGCCUCCUCUAGAUCAAGCAUACGUUCGAUGGCUUGCUCGUGACCUCGAGAGAAUUCAUGGCUUCACUCCAAGAAACCCUCGUGCUGUAAGGCCACCCGAUCAUUACAUAGAAUACAUGCGCUUACAGGGAUGGUUGGAUGUCAGCUUAGAUGACCCCGACCUUGCUCGUCUACUUAAAUAAUGGAGUAAAUCAACUGCAAUACUCUUAAGAACAUGUAUAAACUUCAAAUUGAUGUUUAGUUUGCUGUACUGGUACAGUGAGAUUCAGAUGCUGAGCAGUGGUAUGAUUUAUGAAUGGAAAUCUUGUCAAAUAUUUACCUGUA